AUGGAAACAAAGCUGGAAUCUACUCGAGCUGAUAUCUAUCUAAUUUUGACCAGAAGAGAUGUUUCUACUUUGGGCUGCAAUAAUAAUGAUGAUGACGAUGAAAGGCUCGUGAACAAGUUCCUAUUCUUGACUUUUGCUGGCUCAGCUCUAAACAAACUGAAAGAAAUGGCAGAUAAACCAAGCCAGAUUCCAUCAUUUUUAGCUGAAGCUCUCCCCUCGCAGUCCACCUUCUUCAUUUGUUUCAUCAUGCUGGCCACACUGACUGGUUAUGCGCUGCAGUUAUUGCGCAUAGUGCCUCUCAUUCUGGUGUCAAUCAAGCGUAAGUGGCUUGUAAAGACACCUCGUGAGGACGAGUUGGCCUGGAAACCACCACCAAUUCUUUAUGAUCGAGUGUUCGCCAACCAUCUUUUUAUUCUGAUCGUGGGCCUGUCCUACUCCACGCUGGCGCCCAUUAUAACUCCAUUCGUUGCGUUGUACUUUGGGUUUGGUUACAUUGUGUGGAUGCACCAGACAUUGAGUGUUUACAUCCCCGUCUACAGCUGUGGUGGUAUGAUGUGGCCUAGGGUUUUUAACAGGAUGAUUAUAGCAACAGUGGUGUUUCAGCUUCUGAUGUUUGGAGUGAUAGGUUUGAAGCAGUCUUACGCUGCAUCAGUCUUAAUCCUUCCGCUCCCAGUCAUCACAGUCCUGUUCUAUUUCUUCAUCCUGCAACAUUACAUCAGACCUGCUGAGAAUCUGUCGCUGAGCGCGGCUCAUGGUCUGGAGAAUCCUGCUCCAAACUUUAUACAGGUAAGCUUCGUCAAUGUUUUACAGCAGACAAACUGA